CAGAAAGGGCUAGGAGCUGAUUUGUGAAGGAGCUUCCCAAGAUGAGCCCAGCUCUGGGUAACACUGUAUCUUCUCUGCAGAGAAGUGGAACAUUUAUCAACACUUUAAUUGCUGCUUUGACUAUCUGUGGGCAACAACUCUUCUCCUCUUUCACAUUCAGUUGUCCCUGUCAAGUUGGGAAAAAUUUCUACUAUGGUUCUGCUUUUCUGAUCAUUCCUGCCUUAAUCCUUCUGGUUGCCGGCUUUGCUCUGAGAAGCCAGACGUGGACAAUCACCAGUGAAUACUGCUGCAGCUGUGUCCCUCAGCUCCGGAGAAUCAGCCUCCUGGAGCGCAGGCUGGCUUGCCUUCACUUCUUCAGCAUCACCGGAAGGGCACUUGUUGCUCCAUUAACGUGGCUGGCGGUGACCCUGCUGACAGGCACGUACUACGAAUGUGCGGCAAGUGAAUUCGUAUCUGUGGGCCGUUACCGAGCGUUUGACAAUAUUAGUGCCGGCGAACGCCAAGAGAUCCUAGCCGGGUUUCCGUGCUGCAGAUCAGUUCCAUCCAAUAUGAUCCUGGUCAGAGAUGAAGUAGCUCUUCUACACAGAUACCAGUCACAGAUGCUGGGCUGGAUUCUGAUCACCUUGGCAACCAUCACUGCCCUAGUCUCCUAUUCUUUGGCGAGGUGCUGCUCACCCCUCACCUCCCUGCAGCAUCGCUACUGGACCAACCACCUCCACAAUGAGAGGGAACUCUUUGAACAAGCCGCAGCACAGCAUUCACGGCUGCUCAUCCUGCAGCGCAUAAAGAAGCUAUUUGGCUUCAUUCCUGGAAACGAAGAUGUCAGACACAUCCAUAUUCCUUCAUGUCAGGACUGGAGAGAGAUGUCAGUCCCCAGCUUUCUCUGCAUGGGUAAUGACGUGCAAGGUAACUACAGCUUCCUUGGAGGUAGGGUGGAUGAGGAUAAUGAGGAAGGCAGAUCAGGAGAUAUUGAAUUAAAAUCUUAAUCAUAGCACCUUUCACAAUUCAAAUAUUUUAUUUUUAUAAGGACAGAGUUUCCAUGUAAUCCCUUCAGCUUUUUCUCUCUCUUCUGAUAUUUGUUUAUGUCAGUUCAUCUGAAAUGCUAUUUCCAAAAUCAAUUUAUCUGAUCAUGGUAACAAUUUCUUGUUUUGAAAUUUCAUUGAUGGUCUUGUAGUGCAUAUAUUGGUCUGAUUUUUUUUUACAAAUAUGAAAAUUGUAGUCAUAUCAAAAUUUGGAUCCUAGUUUUGUUACUUAGUAGCUGUGCAAAAAUGAAUAUCUUCGAGUGCUAUUUUGUAUCUGCAUUCAGAUAGCAGCUACUUCAGAGAUUUGUGAGGACGUAUAUGACAAUUAGAUAAUACAAGCUAAGUACUCAGCACAGUGCCUUUCACAAAAUAAGUGCUUAUAAAUGUUAUUUUUGCCCUUCCUCUUUGCAUUGCUUGUCUUUUAUCAUUAUUUUCUCCAUGUCUAAGUUUUUUUUAAAAUUUUCUACCUCUGUAUAAUACCCAGCGACUUUUCACUGCUUCUUCCUCUUUCUUCAAGCUUAAAUAUCUGACCUUUGAGAAUCAAGAUUAAAAAAAAAACCAAAAAUCCUUUCUAAAUUGUUACCAUGUAGGGGGGAAGCCCAGGCAAGAAGGUCUUGAGUCAUCUUGCCAUACCCAAGGAAAGAUGGACACAUAUUGUAUCCUCACUGGUGUCAAAUGUUAUUUGUGGCACCUCCAUAGUGGAAACAUUUUUAAAGGUAUGAUAUAGAAAGUUUAUUCUAGAAAGUUCCCCCUGUGUUCCACUACCAGGACACUAUCUAUGUCUUUUUGUUAUCACACCUUUGUACUCAAAAUCCAUUUUAGGAAGGAAGGCUGUAAGCUAUGUUUGUAGAUCCAUUAUCUAAACUCUAAAAGGGAAGACCUACCUAAAAUUUCACUUCUUAUAUUUGACAGUUUUCUAUUUUAUCUUCAUUAUUUCUGAUAUAUGUAUAGUCUCAUGCCUGAUUUUUGCCACAUUCACUUGAACAACUGGUUCAUUGGUCAAAAUAAGCAAAGUGAGGGUUUUCCUUUAUCUUUUAAACAAAAUAAUGGCUACUUACUGGGCAAUGGACCAACUGCCAGUAGUCAAGGUGACUUUCAAGAUUCAUUUUCAAGGAGACCAGAGAAUUUGACCAUCUAAAAUGCAAUCACUUACCUGGCAAUCUUACAGUCAUGAAAGGGUCCAUUUUGUGUGAAAUUAUGGGUCUUUCAAAUUUAAUAGAAACAAUAAAGAUGAACAUUAAGAAGAUUUUUAUUAUUUUUUAACCAAUAAGAGAUACACAGUAUAGUAGUUUGCCAGGACAGGAGACCUGUUCCUCCCCCUCCAUCACUUACUGAGCAAAUUGGUUAGCCUCUCUGGAAUUCAGCUGUUGCAUCUGUAAAUUGGGAUAGUGAUACCUUAUCUGCUGGAAGGGAAGGAACUGAACCAAGCGAAUUCUUGAGGUCCUUUCUAAGUCUAAUAAGAUGUUUACAUGUAUACAGGCGAAUAAGUGUACAAUCUUCUGGAGCACUAGUAGCUUAGGUUGUUUCUAUUGAAAGGAAAAUAUCACUGAAUUUGGUUCUGAGCUUUCUUCUCUAGACAUUCACUGGCAUUCCACUUAAAAAAAAAAAAAAGUUAGUGUACUGAUUUUUUCAAGUGGCCGAGAAAAGUUAUUCCACUUAUCUAAUUCUGUAUACAAUUCUGAUAUGACAUGACAAGAGGGAUCUUUAAAAAAUAGAAAUAAGUACGGAAGUAGGGUCUUGGUCUGCUCUGAUAUAAAUAAGCUGUGUAAUUAUGGAAUUGGUGCUUUCAAACUGUGGUGCUGGAGAAGACUCUUGAGGGUCCCUUGGACUGCAAGGAGAUCAAACCAGUCAAUCCUAAA